CAACACUCAUAGUAUCUCUUUGAAGUGUUCCACAACCCCCUCUCAAACCCCCUCCACAAACACCAUCGAAAAUGCGCCCUCUCACCUCCUCCCUCCUUGCCGUCCUCUAUCUCGCCAGCAUCCCGGUGCUCGCCGACAUCAGCGUCUUUGGCGUCCCCGCCAUCAUCCAACCCGGUCAGCCCUUCAGCGCCAGCUUCCAGAACGCCAUCCAGCAGCCCGCGCAGUACACAAUGGUCUGGGGCUACACCCCCUACGAUGACACCACCACACCCGGCUACAUGCCCCAGCACAACACCGUCGGCAUGCCCAUCGCGACGGUCUACUUCCCCGACUACCUCGCCACCGCCCAGAAUGGCAAGGGCAACGUCACGGGCCUGACCAUCAAUGGCAACGUAGGCCACAAGGUCGGCGUUCACGCCAUGAUUUGGGGCGAGUUCGGCGUCCUGAACUCGGUCACCAUCCACAGCUGGCUGUGGAACGUCACCCUCGGCGACGCCACGAGCUAUGAUAACUACAUCAUGGCCCAAAAGGUGACCGGCCCCAAUUUCAAGAGCUUCAACCUCUAAGCUUCAAAGUUCUCUGUCCCCGGAUGAUGCCUGUAGACUCUGUCUGGUGGAUAUCGAGGUUGGGAUAAUAUCGCAACGACUCAUCUAUGGUGAAAAGGGCUAGGAUGCAAGCGAGACCAAGUGUUGUAAAUAGCUUUCUACGUGGUCAUUCAUGUGGCGUGCAAUUUGAAGCCAGAGUUGCUGAGGCAGACCGCAAAGCCGAGAACCGAAGUUUUGUCCCACACCAGGAAUGCGCCAAUGUAUCUCCUUGUAAAACGCGCGGGCCCAAAACGUGGAACCACAAGCCAGGUGGUGGCACCUGGGUUGCGAGCCUGAGGUGGC